AAUGAAAAAAUUUAAUUUAAUGUGUUUUGUGUUUACUAAGGUUCCCUUAGUGUAAUAUUAUGUUUGGUCUAAAGAUCUGAAACCAUUCUGUGUGAUAAACUGAGGAAGUCCGGAAGGGGGCAAAUACUCUUUCACUACACUGUAUAUAAUACACGCAUAUGCAUGUAUAAAUGAAACAGGAGAGGGGCACAGUGUCUGAGAGAGUGAAAGAAGUGCGCUUAUUGCUCUGCUUUAGUGAGGCGGCCUCUCUGCCAGCUGGGGUAGUUUGUUAAUCUUCCUGUCUCGGUGCAGUCUGGGUGGUGGAGGGGCCAGCUACUGAUGUGCAAAGUCCUGGAAGCUCUUCGCUCUGAGCACCUGAUUUAGAGAUAGCUCUGAACUCUUGAGUUUUCCUCCCCCAGUAUGGGAAUUCAUUUUCAUAAAACAUAUAUUUGUACAGGUACAUUGCACUAGUACCAGUAAGAGGACUUGUAUCCAUCAGGUUCAUAGGUUUUAUUCCCGGGGAUACACUGCCAUUGUGUCCAUGAGCGAGUUAUGAAACCGUCAGUAAAAUAUCUAGCGGUAUAUUGGAAUAACAUGCUGAAAUGUGCUUUAAGCAUUCCUGAAUAAGUGCAUUGGAUGUGCCAGUGUAUUACAAUGAAUUACGCAUAAUUGGGCUUUAUGAGAACAUAUCGGCCAGGCCUUUUCAGAGUUGUGCUUUUUCAGUAAUUAAAUGGAUGGUUGAAUCAGAUGUGACUGAGUCAUUCUUGCCCGGAGGAUGCCUUUGUCUGUGCUGUGCUGCUCUUUUCCCCCCUGUUUGUCUUGAGCUGGGACCUGGCCUUCCAGCGUGUGACAUUCAGCACAAUGAGACUCUGGGUGUGCUGGCGCUCCUAAUCCAGGAAAUGCACAGAACCCCCUCAAAGGGCUGCAUUGAAGUGGGAAUAGGGUGGGUUAAAGUACGCAUGGUUUUUCAAGAGCAGUAUUGCACUCAAAUUAGGCCUAUUUAGGAGGGGGCGUUUCUAGCCUGGAGCUGCACGCAGUGAUCAUCAUUGGGUGCCACCAUGAACCAUGAGCCGCUGGAUUCUGAAGACACAGGCUCUGGGCAGGAUGACUCCGAGUUCAACUGGGAUGAGUAUCUGGAGGAGGAAGGGGCCACAGCUGUACCCCACCAUGCCUUCAAACAUGUUGACCUGAGCUUGCAGACGGGCCUCGCGCCGGGCAUGAAGCUGGAGGUGUCUGUGAAGGGCGAGCCUGAGGGCUUCUGGGUAGCCACUAUCAUCACCACUUGCGGGCAGCUGCUGCUGCUGCGUUAUGAGGGUUACCACGACGACCGCCGGGCAGACUUCUGGUGUGACAUCAUGACUGCUGACCUGCACCCUGUUGGCUGGAGCCAGCAGCAUGGACGAGAAAUGAGACCUCCCGACGGUGUCCGUGAGAAGCAUGAGGACUUGGAAGCCCUUCUGAAGAAGUCUCUGUCAGAGGGCUGUAGUGCACCUGCCAACUUGCUGGAGGGGCCACACAGGGGCAAGAACCCUCUGGACCUUCUGGCUGCGGGUUUGAGUGUGGAGCUGCAGGACCGUGAGGACGCUAGUACGGCGUGCGUGGCCAACAUCGAGGAAAAUGUUGGGGGACGACUGCGUCUCCGCUACGCUGGCACAGAGGGGUUGCCCCAAAAGCAGGCCACUCUCUGGCUCUUCUACCUGCACCCCUUCCUUCACCCCCCAGGCUGGGCCAAAGAGCAUGGAUGCACACUAUCUCCCCCUGUUGCACUGCGUAGUCUGUGCAGCGAGGCCGAGUGGGAUGAGGUUCGGCAGAGGAUCACAAAUCAAACGCAGGAUAGCGACAUCACCGAGGAGCUCUUCAAGGACCAGCAGGCCAUCUGUGCUCACUCCUUCACUGAGGGGAUGAAGCUGGAGGCUGUGGAUCCUGCCGCUCCUUUCUGUAUCAGUCCGGCAACUGUCACCAAGGUGUUCAGUGACCAGUACUUCUUGGUAACUAUGGAUGAUCUCCAAGAGGAAACGAGGGUCACAGGGGGUCGUGGCCCCUCCUUUCUGUGUCACCGGGACAGCAUUGGGAUCUUCCCAGUGCAGUGGAGCCUCAAAAACGGGGUACAGCUCAGCCCCCCUCCAGGAUACCAGGGGCAGGACUUUGACUGGGCAGAUUACCUGAAACAGUGCGGAGCAGAGGCUGCACCCCAAAACUGCUUCCCCACUGAGCAGUAUGAUCAUGAUUUUAGGGUAUCAAUGAAGCUGGAGGCAGUGAACCCACUCUCCCCAGAACACAUCCACGUGGCAACUGUCACCAGGGUCAGAGGUCAACACAUCUGGCUUCGACUGGAAGGGUUGAAGCAGUCUGUUCCAGAACUGAUUACCCACGUGGACUCCAUGGAUAUAUUUCCUGUCAGCUGGUGUGAGACCAAUGGCUACUCCCUCCGACACCCCCGUAAGCCCCCAGUUCAGAAGCAGAGGAAGGUAGCAGUGGUCCAGCCAGCUAAACACAGGACUCUGCCAAGGGCUUCACUUCCUGAUGCUCUGAAACAGCAGGUGAACAGCCAAUCAGAGAACGCAGGAGCAGGGAAUGGAAAGUACAGCUGCCCCAAGAUCUACUUCAACCACCGCUGUUUCUCCGGGCCAUACCUGAACAAGGGUCGCAUCGCUGAGCUGCCACAGUGCGUUGGGCCUGGAAACUGUGUCUUAGUACUGAAGGAGGUGCUGACGCUCCUGAUUAACGCUGCCUACAAGCCAAGCCGUGUGCUGCGGGAGCUGCAGCUGGAUGAGGAGGCACGCUGGCAUGGCCAGGGGGAGGCGCUCAAGGCCAAAUACAAGGGAAAGAGCUACCGGGCCACAGUGGACAUUGUGCGCACAGCAGACCAGGUGGCUGAGUUCUGCAGGAAGACCUGCAUGAAGCUUGAGUGCUGCCCAAACCUGUUUGGACCACGGAUGGUCCUGGAGCAAUGUUCCGAGAACUGCUCUGUUCUAACCAAGACCAAAUACACACAUUACUAUGGUAAAAAGAAGAGCAAGCCUGUUGGACGCCCACCGGGGGGCCACACCAAUCUGGAGGGAGGGAUGAAGAGGCCAGGAAGGAGGAGGAAGAGAAGGAAACACUUCUUCGUCCACAAGAAGAAACGCUCCUCAGCCUCGCUUGACAGCACUCCUGCUGGCUCACCACAGGGCAGUGGUGAGGAUGAGGAAGACCUGGAUGAGGAAGACUUCCUGAGUGAAGACUCUAGUUCCGGGCUGCAGGAUGAACAGCAGGACGACUCGGAAGUCUCCGAGAGGAAAUCUCAGCCCCCCUCCCCCACAGAGAAGCCCCGCCCCUCCCGCCGCCGCAAGGCCCACUCCUCCUCCUACUCUGAUGACGAGAACCAGCCUCCCUCACCCAAGAGCCUACGGGGGGAGGUGCCACAGAAGCUGCACUUGGACAGCAGCCCGCUGGAGUGGAGCGUGGCAGAUGUGGUGCGCUUCAUCAGGACCACAGAUUGCGCUCCACUGGCGCGCAUAUUCUUUGAUCAGGAGAUAGAUGGACAGGCCCUACUCCUGCUAACCCUACCUACAGUGCAAGAGUGCAUGGACCUGAAGCUGGGCCCAGCGAUCAAGCUGUGCCACCACAUUGAGAGAGUCAAGUUGGCAUUCUACCAGCAGUUUGCCAGCUGAGGGCAGUAGAGGCAGGAACGAGACAUGCCACUGGGCCCGUUGCAUGAAACUGGACUAGCUCCCCAUCUGUGCAUAAACUGGAACCCACAUUCGGUGCCAUAGAACCUAGAAACCUCUGUCAUCAGUGGCAGUGCGAUACUACCUCUUUAUUUCUGUCAUUUUUAGUUGUGUUGCUGAUCUGUCCGGAGCAGAAACAUUUUAGUUUCUCAGUGGUGGUUGUCUCUGAUUCAGGGUGUAGAUCUCUUCAACAGGCUCUACAGGAAGUGAUCACAGUAUUUAAUUUUGAUUAUACUGGCUCUGGUGCUGGUAUUGCUUCCAAUAAUCGUACCACAUUGGAGAUAUUAUUGGAGAAGGAGGCAUUUCUAAUGUUGAGGGUAUCUGUGUGAUUGAUAAGCUGGUGUAUAUACAGUGGCCUCCAUAACAUUUGGGACAGAGACAUAUUUAUUUCUUGAUUUGGCUCUGUACUCCACAAUUUUAGAUUUGUAAUCAAACAAUUCACAUGUGGUUAAAAGUGAUCAUUCAAAGCUUUUAUUUAAGGAUAUUUU